AAGUCGAAUCUCCGCGACACCAUCACCACCGCCUCCUCUCGGAAACCACUUCCCGGCGGUCGUCGCAUCUGCAGUCGCCGGUAAAGAGAGACUCGGAUCCCAUUCAGGGGGGGGAGUAAGGGAGGAGAUGGGGAACGUGACCGGGAGGGAUGGGGUCGAGGACGGCGGCGACGAGGACGCCUCCGUUCGAUCGAGAUCCGACGCCGAUCCCGGCUCCACCCACGUCCGCCGCGUCCGAUCCGUCGACUCCGUCGAGAGCUGGCCGCCGGAGAGCCCCGGCCGCUCCCGAUCCCCUCUCAUGUUCGCUCCCCAGGUUCCCGUACCUCCCUUGCAUGGAGCUGCUGAUGCCCCUCCUGUAUUUAAUCAACUAUGGAUGAAUGAGCCUGAUCAACUCUCGGAUGGUCCCCUUGAAAAGGGAAUUCCAACACUGAUAACAUGGAACCGAGGGGGAAAUGUUGUCCUCGUAGAAGGAUCAUGGGACGACUGGACUUCAAGGAAGCAUUUGCAGAGGUCAGGCAAGGACCAUGCCAUUUUAAUGGUUCUCCCUUCGGGAGUAUACCGAUACAAGUUCAUCGUGGAUGGACAAUUAAAAUACAUUCCUGAUCUUCCUUUUGUUAGUGAUGAGAUGGGGAACAUCACUAAUCUCCUUGAUGUCCAUGAUUAUGUUCCUGAAAAUGUGGAGAGCAAUUCUGAGUUUGAUUUGCCGCCCUCACCUGACUCCAGCUACAGUUGGUCGCUCACAGAUGAAGAUUUUGCCAAGGAACCGCCACUCGUUCCAUCCCAGCUGCACCUUACCGUUCUUGGGAUGCAGAACACUGAUGAAGAAGCGUCGCCGAAGCCCCAGCACGUGGUCCUCAACCAUCUUUUCAUAGAGAAAGGAUCCUCUUCCCAGUCGAUGGUGGCCCUUGGCCUGAGCCAUAGGUUCCAGUCCAAGUAUGUGACCGUCGUUCUUUACAAACCUGUGAGAAGGUGACGCAUUCCUCAGCUUCUUUGCACCGCCGAAACACGCUGCUGCUGCUACUAACAUGGGGUUGAUUUGUAUUCGGUAAUUGGCCAUCAAUUGCCACCAUAACCUCUCUCCGCUCAGGUACUUACUACUCCAAAGCUUCCACGGAACCUUUCUUCUUCCACGUUCUUCUUCUUUGCUCAGCCAGAUGUGACCCAUCUUUUUUACCUUUGUUCUUCGAUGACUUGUACCUGCUCCCGAGUGAAGUCAGUCCACCAACCACUGUCAAAUCCAAAACCAGGUCAUUUUCGAUUUGUUAACCUCCUUUUUCUCUUUUUUUUUUGCUCUUAUUAUUUGCUUUUGCAUUGUGAAAGACAUGACAUCUGACCCUUGUGAUGAGAAUUGUACAAUUUACUUUCGUAGCAGCAUAAUAAUGAGUCCACAAAAGAUCUCUUCUUUGUUUUUCUUGCA